AUGAACGGAUAUCAAACGGAGCGAAGCUCCUACGACGACGAGACGUCCAGCGUAACGACGCCAAUUUCAAGCAACGGCGACCAUGCUAUAGUGGACGGAUUUGAAAAGGAUGGGGUCAAUGGAUAUGAACAGACCGGCCACCAGCUCGAACCGAUGGAUCCCAACGAUGCGCCGAAUGGAUCGCUUGCCGACCUCAAGGACCCGAUUCAAGUACACCUGCUCACCGAAACUGCGCUCUCCGACAGCAAAGAAUAUGAAAUACUAUCUCAAGAAGAGGUUGAUAGGCUGAAGAAACAGUGUCAGUUGCUGAGCCAGCGGGUAGAGUCCACCAGGUCCAACCUAGCGAUCCAAUCGAAAUAUCGAGAUGCGGCGGUGUCCAUGGCCAAACUCUACGCGGCCGGCAAAUCCGAAGAAGAGCUUCUAGACGAUCCCAGAGCUAAGGAAGUGGAGCUAGAGAGGGAGACGACGGAGAAGAAAUGCGAGGAAUUGUCGCGCGAGCUUUUCAACCUUGAGAAGAACCUCAUUGGGCCUCAGAGGCGCCUACUUCAGCAUACGGCUGGUAUCCUCCAGCUAACCCACAAGGCAUCCAAAAGGGCGGCAGCACGAGCUUUGCAAAACAACAAUGAGGUUCCUGGCAGCCCCGAGAGCUUGUACACCUAUUCUCAAAGCCGAGAUAGUCUAGCGCAAGUUGUGGACGAAGACUAUUUUGAAGACCCAAGCCUUUACCAGCUCGAUUCACUCCAUGGGCUGCAGACUGGGCAUCUAAAAUCGGCAAUCGAUAUCCCCUUGAAGUCACCGGUCCGAGAACAGGCUACUCAUCUUCGGGGGGAGAUCGACAAAGCUCGGGAGGAAAAUGCCUUGUUGGUGAAUCUUGUUGCCGAUAUGGAGCAAAAGCUGGAGAGUCUAAGCCUCUCCCUUCGAGAAACCAUCGUCAAGUUCAACCCCGAAGUGAACGGCGACUACCUAGACCCUCCCAGAGAACUAGCCACGGGUGAUUCAAAGCCUGGUGAUAUGCUCAGGAAACAGAUUGACUACCUCGAGAGUGGCCUUGUCGCUGUGCAAGCAGAACAGGAGUCUUUUAUCAGUAGCGGCGGCGGCAACAACCACAACAACGCUGGCAGCAGUAAUUAUCUCCUAGAUGAUGGUGCUGAGCAGAUUGAGUCCGUUUUGGUUGGUCUUUGGAACAGGAUGCAAUCUGGUUUCGCCGCAAAGAAGCAGCAAAAUGAGGAGCGCCGAAAACAACGGGCAGAAAAAGGAUUGGUUGAUGAUGAUGACACAUCCGACGAUGAUGCGUUUGAUGCAGAUGAAACUUACAGCCUGAUUGCCUUCUCAUCCAAGGUUGAGUGGCUUUAUUCUCGAGCCUCAACGUUGAAGGACCAGAAAUCUGUGCUCAAGAGACAGAUUAAACAGCAGCGUGAGCUCAACAACAAGACCGACGCCGAAAAAGAUGAGGAGAUUGAGAGAAGGCAGGAUGAACUGGACCAGACUCGCUUCUUACUCGAACGAGCCGAGAAGGAUGCCAUGGACGCCCAGACUAUGUUGGCCGAUGCUCUACAGGAUCUUGAAAAGGCUCAGGGAUCAUCAUCUGGCAUUAGUGAAGAAGAGCUACACAAGCAUACUGUCAAGAUAGAGUCCCUGGAAGCCGAGAUUGCCACGCUACACAAAAAGAUCGAAUCCUUUGAAUCCGAAAUCGAGGACCGAGACGCAAAACUAGACGCCCUAGAUUCUGAGGUUGAAGCAAGCAAUGCAAGGGCAGACGCCUUGGAGACUGAGACCCAAGCACACAAAGCUCGGGUUGAUUCUCUUGAGGCAGAAAUCCAGGCUCGUAAUGAUCGUAUCGAGGCUCUUGAGGCGGAAAUUCAUACGCGCAGCACACGGGCGGAAUCGCUAGAGGCUGAAAUUCUCGCACACGGCAUCCGCGUUGAGUCGCUAGAGGCUGAAGUUCAAGCACGCAGCACUCACAUUGAUUCCCUUGAGGAUAAGAUUCAAGGUCACAAUUCGAACAUUGCAUCUCUUGAGGCAGAGAUCCAGUCACGAGACGCGCAAAUCAGAUCUCUGGGGGCUGAUCUUCAAGCACACAGUGAAAGAGGUGGAUCGUUUGAGGCCCAAAUUGCUGCGCUGGAAGCCGAGAACAAGAAAUUUGUCGAGUUAAGCUCGCAGCUCGAUGGCGCCUCCAAGGAGAAGGCAGCAGCCGAAGAAAUGGCCAGAGCUCUGCAACAAGAGGUGGAGAAUAUCAAGGCAAGCCACGCCAACAAGGACAAGGAAAUUGCUCAAAAGGAUGCGGAUCUAGAGCAGUUGAAUAUGACACUGGUGGAAAUCAAGACGGAGCUCACAUUCGCUAGGGCGGAGCUGGACGGCGCGUAUGGUUCUCGCGCCGAGCGUGCGGCGGAUGCGGCAGCACUGAGCAACCAAGAAGAAGUCGUCAAGCUGACAGGCCAGGUUGAAAGACUCAAGAAGGAGUUGGCAGGAACCGUGCAAGAUCUAGAGGCGAUUACCAAGGAGACGAUUGGAGCGGAGCGCGAGAAGAUUGACCUUGAACAAAAGGUCGAUGAGGCCCUCUCUGCCAAGAACAGCUUGGAGGCAGAUCUCGAGAAGUCUCGACAUCUGAUCGCGAAGUUGCAGGAGGACCUUGAUAGCGAACGGUUCAAGGUCGGUGUCUCACAGGGAGGUGUAACAAAGGUUGGCGCUGGUGCAGCUCUGCUCAGCGAACAGUUCAGGAUAUCAAUGAGAGAGGAGCGGAAGAGGUUCCACGAGGAUAUCAAGGAGGAACGCGCCAAGUACCGAAAGCUAGAAGAGGAGUACAUUCGGCUGAAAAAGAGCAACGCAGCGAGCAAUGCUCCUCCAAGUCCACGAUAA